AUGCAGUCAGGAGGACCAGACCCUGAACCAUUGUCUAAAUCCGAGAACCGUCUCCUCAAAAAGUACGGAAAGCUGCCGCGUAGAGGCUUACUAGCCCAGAAGGAACGGACAUACUUUGACUCUGGCGAUUUCGCUCUUUCUGCCGCUGAUCGCGAGACCGACAACGGCGCUGUUCAAACGGGCAGAGCUCAUCCUCAUCGGGAAAGCAUCUCGCACCCUUAUGCCUCUAUUCCAGCCUCUAGUAACGUCGACGAAGAUGCCAACCAAGAUAAGUAUAGGAAAAUUGCGAGUCCUGAGAAGAGCCCUCUACUUCACCAAGUAGACAUUAAAGAUGAACUCACAAACAAGAAGGGAUAG